AGGAAGCAGAAUGGCUGAGAGCUGAGCAACACGGGUCUGCCUGCCUGCUAACUAACCUAUAACUACACUACUCCUCACUUUACUGCUACACACUACUUGUUAAUUAUUAUUAGUCAGUCUCUCUCUCUCUCGUAAGGAAAAAACUCCCAGGUCGUAGCGUUUCAAAUCAGCGACCUGUGACCUUUUUUAGGCAGCGCAGCCAGCCCUACCCAACAUCAAACACGAGGGCGUACAGUACUGGAUUCCGACGAUUGUUGGAUCCGUUGUAUAAAUAUUUCAAAAGGGAGUCGUUAAUUAUAAGGAUUUCAAUACGCCUCGAUCAACGUUAAAGAGAAAACCCCCUUCUUGUCCUACCGUCAAGCGUGGAUUAAUGUCUCGCCACACCAUGUCAAAAGGGAUGAUGACCAAAGGACAGAAGGGAGUCGCGCGUCGCGCCGCUGCGCAACAAAUACCACCUCCACCCGCGACCACCACUACCACCACCUCCGUGCUAAACAACAAAGAGCACAACAACAACACCUCCUCUUCCUCCUCAUCUUCGAAGGGCAACCCCUCCUCUCAACCUCAAUCCUCUGUGCCUACUUCCAAAACUACCACCUCCUCGGCCAAAGUGUUAAAGGAGGGGGGAAAUAAAAACUCCUCCUCUUCCCUGCCACCCGCCGCACCCUCCUCCUCGCCAAUACCUCCCGAUGAUCCGGCCGCCGAAGACGAGCUGCUCGACGUGGAGGAAUUGGACGUUGAAGUUGUCGACGAUGAUGAUGACGACGACGACGACGAAGAAUGCGAGGAAGAAGAAGAUGACGAAGAAGGCGACGAGGAUGACGAAGAGUAUGAUAACGAUACCGAACCUUGUGAAACGAGGGUGACUCCCGGGAAGAGAGGACCGCCCAACAAUCCCUCCUACAACUCGAGAUCCUUCACCCAUUCUUCCUCCGAGGAGGAUGAUGAGGACGAGGGUGAGGGGGACGAUUCCCUGGAUCGAGAAGAGUCUGACGACGAGGACGAAGAUGAGGAUGAGGACGGCCUGGAGCCGCCAGGUUUCCUCCUCAAUGCUGACGGAGAUCCUUCCAUCCAAGGAAUCCCUCCCGACGCUCAAGCUCGUCUUGAAGCCUUUUUCGAAGCUGCCGUAGGUUUUACAGAUGGGAAACUCAUGUCGGAUCCGGAAAACUUGAGAAAACUGACGUUAACCGUUUCUUCAGCCCUUGGCGAGGCUUCCGCUGCCAUCAAUCGCAUGCGUGACUCGCAACGCAGGAAGUCCUUAGAAGAAGGUCGCAACGAUUCCAUGGAAGAAGGCGACAGUCUCCUCGCCCUUGCCUGCUCCUCCGGCUAUUUCGAAUUGGCCAGGGUUCUGCUAGCAAUGGGUGCAAACGUGGACGACCGUGGGAGCAAAGGUGACCUAACUCCACUUAUGGACGCCGCUUCCCAAGGCCACGUCGAGAUUGUGAAACUCCUCAUAAGUCAUGGUGCAGAAGUGAACGCCCAGUCCGCCUGUGGAAAUAGUCCUCUCAUGUACGCCUCGGCCGCCGGUCACGACGACAUUGUGAAGGAGCUUCUAAAGGCUGGUGCUCGAGUGGAGGAUAACAAUGAGAACGGUCAUACCCCACUAAUGGAGUCUGCUUCUUCUGGUCAUACCGGUGUCGCCAAAAUCCUGCUAGACAACGGAGCUGGGAUAAAUACUGCCUCAAACGAGUUUAAGGAGUCUGCCCUAACUGUCGCCUGUUACAAGGGUCACCUCGAAAUGGUUCGAUUCCUUUUGGCUUCUGGUGCUGACCAACAACAUAAAACUGACGAAAUGCAUACUGCUCUAAUGGAAGCAUCAAUGGACGGUCAUGUCGAAGUUGCAAAACUCCUUCUUGACUGUGGAGCUCAGGUUAACAUGCCAGUCGACAGUUUUGAGUCACCUUUAACCCUGGCUGCGUGCGGCGGUCAUGUCGAACUCGCCCAACUGCUCAUCGACCGUGGAGCCAAUAUUGAAGAGGUUAAUGACGAAGGGUAUACCCCAUUGAUGGAGUCAUCACGUGAGGGCCACAUCCAAGUCGUAAAAUGUCUGAUCGCUGCUGGGGCAAAGGUGAACGCGGAAACGGACGAGACUCAUGAAACUGCGCUAACCCUGUCCGCCUGUGGGGGCUUUCUCGAAGCAGUGGACACGCUGGUGAACAAGGGGGCAGAUAUCGAACUUGGUGCUUCAACUCCGCUCAUGGAAGCAAGCCAAGAGGGCCACUACCAAGUCGUGAAAUAUCUCCUUGAUAAGAACGCCCAAAUCCAUCGUGAAACUCAAACCGGUGAUACGGCUCUGUCAUAUGCGUCAGAAAACGGUCACGUAGAUGUGGUUCAACUCCUCGUCGAAAAUGGAGCCAACCCCGAACAUCUCUCCGAGGGGGGACGAACUCCGUUAAUGAAAGCAUGUCGUGGUGGUCACGUCGAUGUCAUCAAAUUCCUCUUGACUCGAGGAGUGGACGUGAACCGUCAAACGGCCAGCAAUGACCACACACCUCUCUCGUUGGCCAGUGCUGGGGGGCACUUGGCCGCGGUGGAGGUGUUGUUGACUGCUGGGGCCAAUCCGUACCACAAACUCAAGGACAAUUCAACCAUGAUUAUUGAGGCUGCGCGAGGAGGUCAUACCAGCUGCAUUCGAGCCAUCCUGGAUCAUGAGAAAAAGCUGAGCGAAAAGGGACAAGCUCCUGUGCCUGGAGGGAAAGGUGGUAAAGGGGCUGCUCAGGCUAAAGCUGUUCCGGCCGAUUCGACAAAAACGAACGCGAAUGCGACCAAUCAACAGGGAAAGUCUGUCUUGCGAAAGAGUCGUUCCACUUCCACCCUCGACUCUUCUCAAUCCAAUGAAAAGACUAAAAAGGUGGACGUAUCGGCAUCACCAGCUUCCAAUACAACCAAUACCGAUGCGAUUGCAAAGUCGUUGUCCAAGUUGCCACCACCAAAUAUAAUGACACCAAUCCCGGACUCUCCAAUUCUGAAGAGUUUGAAUCAAACUUUGCCAUUGGGGGAUGGUAAAGUUGCUUCAACCACUCCAGCAGGAGAUGACAUUCGAAAGAAACCCGUUCCAGGACUUCCAUCCGGCAAGCAACAACAACAAACCGUCAUUACUCAACAUCAACAUGAUAAAAGUGGUGGAAAUUUGAAAGCUGCCACCGCGAGUCAAGUGCAGAGUCAGAAUCAAGCCAACGCCUGCACCGAGUGCAACACCACCUCCUCCUCGACACCAUCUUCAAAUAUUGCGGUACCAUCAAUCAUCCCAAAAACACCGGAACAACCACACGGCGUGACGAAACGUGCCGCCGCAGCGGACAUUUCUCCCGGUUCUGCGACAUCGUCUACCACGUCGCCCUCGUCAAAUACGACGAGUCCGGGAGGACCACCGCUCGUUCCAUCGCAGGUGACCGCAGCCACAGCUAUAAGUGAGCGACCAAAGGUAAAGGCCAACAAGCCCUCUGCUCGGAAACAGCUCCAACAACAAAUCCAACAACAGUUGCAACAGCAAAGCCAAAGUCCCUCUGCUCUCGUUUCUUCUUCUGCUGUGGGUGCGGUUAGUCCAAAUAAUGGAGGCGUGGUUGUCGUGGGUGGUGGUGCUAAGGCUGCUCCACUCCUCACCACUUUGGCUAACCCUUCACCACCACCGACGGUGCCGUUCAUCCCAGGACUUCCCACGCAAAUGCUGCAGAUGCAAGUUCAACAGAUUUUUACGCAGCACCAAUCGCAGCUGAUUUACCAACAAGGAAACCCUGGAGAUCGGAAAUUUGAAUGUUUCGAGUCAGGAGUGGGGGCCGCGGCUGCAUUGGCUUAUGACAACCCGGAAAUCACGGCAGCAGACUUUGCUCAAGUCCUCGCUGCAGCAGGAACGUUUACUGCCCAACAACAGCAGCAAUUACCACCUUCGUCAUCUUCUGUCAUCAUCCCAGCACCGCCACCAGGAACGACGACAACUACUACGACCACCACGGUCGUCGUGACUCAUGGGAAUGGCGAGACAGAGACGAUCAUGGAAGGGGAAUUGCCUCCCGGAGCGAAUGAGAUGAUCAUGACUGCUGCUACGGCCGCCUUUCCACUAGACUGUCAGGGACAAGUGCAAGUAGCCUCAUACCAAGUGAGCUCUCCAAUCAGUGUGGGCGUCACAGAACUACCACCUACCUCCCUGACCACGACUACGAUGCAUACGACCACGAUCAUCAACUCUGCCGGGGGUGGCUCUCAGAUUCUUCUUCCUCAUCCGACAAGACACCCACCCCCUCUUCCAGUCGCUUUUUCUGAAGCCGCAGCCGCUGCAGGGUUACGUAUCCCAAGUGGAGCUCCACCCUCAAAACAACCCAAUAAAACUUUGUCCGGGAAGAUGGCUCAGGCUCAGACUCAAACUACUCCAAUCGUGAAGGAUCCCAGACCAGGUCCUCCAGCUCCUUCCAAACCUCCAAGCGCGAGCUCCGUGGCAGCCACUGCUGUUCCAAAGAAACAAACGGCCAAGAGAACACGACCCUUUAGUCAGGGCCCUCAAGGUCAUAAUCAUCACGGCGGUCCUUGUCCGAAUAAUCAUAAAGGAUGUGGCGGUCAUACCAACGCAGUGGGGACGCAAACCCCUGGCGCAGCUGUGGAUAAGAAUGCAAAAGCUUUAGAUGUUGAUUCCGCGACGGAGAGUAGUGGGGAGACUUCUCUCAGUAUUGCGGCGGGACAAGGCCAUUUGGAAGUUGUGGAGUUCCUAUUGGAAAGGAAUGCUUCUAUUGAACACCGUGACAAAAAGGGCUGCACUCCACUCAUCCUCGCAGCGGACGGAGGUCAUGAAAAAGUGGUGGACAGAUUGAUUUCGCAAGGUGCGGACGUUGAGGCGCAAUCAGAGCGCACAAAGGACACAGCAUUGUCACUUGCUUGUACCAAAGGACGUUAUGAGGUGGUCGAGCUCCUCUUAAAACGUGGAGCUAACAAGGAACAUCGCAACGUAUCGGACUACACUCCACUCAGUCUCGCCGCUUCAGGAGGUUUCGUCAACAUAAUAAAACUCCUUUUACAAACCGGAGCGGAGAUUAAUUCCAGGACUGGGUCGAAACUCGGAAUUUCACCUCUUAUGCUGGCCGCGAUGAACGGAAACACUUCCGCGGUGAGACUCUUGCUCGACAUGGGGUCCGAUAUUAAUGCGCAAAUCGAGACGAAUAAGAAUACGGCCCUUACUCUGGCAUGCUUCCAAGGGAGACAUGAAGUCGUAAGUCUGCUGUUGGAAAGAAAGGCUAAUUUGGAACAUCGUGCAAAGACGGGACUAACUCCCUUAAUGGAAGCCGCAAACGGUGGAUACGUUGAAGUUGGAAGAGUUUUACUAGAAAAGGGCGCCGAUGUGAACGCACCUCCCGUUCCUGCUACACGAGAUACCGCUCUUACCAUCGCUGCUGACAAAGGGCAUUUUCGUUUUGUGGAAAUGUUGCUCGGAGCUGCCGCUAACGUCGAGGUUCGAAAUAAGAAAGGCUGCACUCCACUCUGGUUGUCGUGCAAUGGAGGACACCUCGACGUUUGUCAAGCCCUUCAACGAGCUGGUGCCGAUGUGGACGCCCAAGACAAUCGAAGAAUUUCCUGUUUGAUGGCUUCCUUCAAGAAGGGUCACGUCAAAGUGGUCCGAUGGAUAGUCAAGUACGUGAAACAAUUCCCUGGAGAUUCUGAAAUGAGCCGCUACUUUAUCGGCCUAGCGAAUGAAGCAGAACUUCUCAAACGAGCUCAGCAAUGCAUGGAAUACAUCAAGCAGGCCAAGGACAAACAGGCCCUCGAGGCCAGCAAGAAUGCCAACAUCCUCCUUGAAGAGCUCGAACUGGAAAAGUGCCGCGAAGAGAGCAAGAAAGCCGCCGCUGCGAAGCGACGAGAGAAAAAGAAAAAGAAGAAGGCGGAGAAAAAACAACUCAAUGAUGACGGUGAUGGGGAUAAUGAUGACGAGGACGAUAAUGAUAUCGACGUUGAGGAUGCCCAAGAACCGGUAGAAGACUUGAACCCUCUCGGUUCCCACUCCUCCUCGCUGGACAAGAAACAACAAGCAAUGAAGGGUUCCAAAGGGAAUAAAGGAAAUAAAGAGAAUGUCCAAGUUCCAGCCCAUACUCCUCCCGUCGUCGUCUCCGUCGUUGUGGAGAGUAACAACAAUAACAAGAAGGACAAACCGAGCAGUCGAGAACCAGAACCUCUUCCCAUCAUCGAGUCAUCUAACGCUGCCUCGUCCAAAGUGAAGGAUACCAAUGACUCCUCCUCAAAUGCGAAGAAUGCCAAAAAGAAAAAGAGCAAUCAUAACAAAGUAGCAAAGAGUUCUAGUUCAGACGCGGUUGGUGUUGAUUCUCAAAUUCCUCCACAUCAAUUGUCUACCAACACGGCUUCUGCCGUUGAUCCUCCAUCCUCCAAGUCAGCCCCUUUUUCGUCCUCGAAUGAGAAAGAUGUCACUGGGAAGAAAUCCAGCAACGGAAAGCACGACAAGGACGUAUUAAAGGAGAAGGUAAAGGAGGUCGAAGAUGUGUAUGGAAAAGGAAAGAAUGGUUCCAACAAGGAGCGAAAAAACAAGGAGAAUGCCGAGGAGAAGAAGAAUCUGAAAGAUGAGUCGUCGUCUCAGUCUAGUACCACAAAUACCAAAGAAUCUUCCGCCAAUCAUCACCACCACCUGCACAACAGUGCCCCCACCAACGCCAAUAAAGGAACAAGUCAUGUCACUCCAUCAAAGAAAGGAAAAGCAUCCGCAGCCUCCAUCACCUCAACAAACUCUGACCUUGGGCAAGGUCCAGAACCGCUAAUGAACAUUUCUCUCAAUCCACCUCAUUCUCAUUCAAACCGGAAGGGUGGAGUUAGCAAUAGCGGUGGCGGUGCUUAUGAGCACGAAAUUCACAAUACGUUCCCUCACAACAAUUACGCAUCCACCAUUAUGACUCCUUCGUCCCCAUCCUCUACCGCUCCCAAUCUUACGGCGUCAUCCGCAACAACUAGUGCUACCUCUCCUUCCUCUGCUUCUGCCGCGGUGGUUGGGUCCACUCUUUCUAACAAGUCUCCCAGCCAGCCCAACAAACCAUCUGGACGGAAAGACGACGGAUGGAAAGAGGUGACGCGCAGUUGCCCUUCCUCCCGCUCCAAGAAAGUCAUGGUUCCAUCCACCGUCAUUUCCCGGGUGAUUGGGCGUGGCGGCUGCAAUAUUAACGCCAUUCGGGAAGCGACCAAUGCCCACAUCGAGGUAGAAAAGCAGCAAAAAGGUCAAGUCCAGCCCGAGCGAAGUAUCCAAAUCAAGGGGACUAGUGAAGCCACGAAGCAGGCAUUCAAUCUCAUUACAGCUUUAAUGAACGAACCUGACGUCGACAUUAAGAAACUUAUCCCACAACAUGUGCGACCAUCGGGAGCUAGUGCAGCAUCAUCAGGAGCGAGUGGUGGGGCCUCUACACCAACACCUAUCCUGAGCAAUGCAAACGCGUUUCCCGUCAUUGGUUCAGCCUCUGCACCGUUGCCACCAAUUGGUCAAACUAUGACCGCAUCGUCAAAUACUGGAUCUUUCACUUCUGCGGCCACUUCUGCCCCGAUGACGAUUGGAUCGACUGCCGGUGUAAUUGAAGCAAAAUCUGCAUCCUCCUUCUCAAAGAAGGGUUCACCAACACCGAAAGUUAUCGCAGCCAACUCGUCCGUGUCUCCCCCGCUCUCUUACAUGAUCAAGAGUGGGAGUGGAUCUCCACCCAUUAAGAAACCCAGCGUGGUCUCCACGAAUGCGGGCAACUUUGAAAUUGGAAACUUUUCCGUGUCUGAAGUUCCAGCAGAGAUUUACAGCAAGAAUUAUACUGGAAAGAAGUCGAUGGUGUUUACGAAUUCAGGAAACGGUAAUAAUAACAGUACCUCGUCGUCAUCCAAUAGUACUACCUCUUCUGUUCCUGGAGGAGGUUCAUCCUCGUACCCAUCUAAACAUCAUCACCAUCAACAAGUUGACUCCUCUCAAGGAUCGGGAGGAAAUAACUGGGGCGACACUAAACCAAGAAACGCCACUCCAACGUUAAACAUGAGCAAUGAGAUGAAACAGCAGCCGUUUAAUGCCAGCACGGUACAUCCUUCUGUCGCCGUUCCGAGUGGGUCACCUCCGCUUUUGGGGAAUCAACAGAGACAACAACAGCAUCAUCAACAACAACAACAAGCUCCUCAAAGUUUCUCUCAUGGUAAAGAACAGCAUCAACAACAGCAACAUCACGAGACUGGAAACCAAUUUGGACCAAAUAAUAUGAAUCCUCAUGUGAAUGGUCCGAAUGUUAACGCUCCCCCGUCAAUGGGAGACGCUUAUCCAGCUCCUAUCACCGUUCAAAGAAAUCUUGCCCCAGGAUCGCAACCUAUAGGAUCCAACCGAACCACCAUUGGAACAGAGAGGAGCCCAAGUGAGGCCAGCAACAAUCAAGACUCAUCCCAACCACCACAGCCCCUCGAAUAUUCUCCGUUUAAUUACACCUUCUCCAAAACUUCGGGUUGGUUUCCUGGCGAUCUCGCCGUCCGUGAACCUUCGUCCCAAUCUGGGGGGCACCCUCUGGCCAGCAGCUUCGGUCCUUCUAAUCUGAUUUCCUCCCUUACUGCAGGUGGAAGCACAUCUGCUCUCUCAUCUUCGGCGGCAGCUCGUGCUAUGAAUUUCGCCUCCGUUGCGGCCUCCGGGACAACCACGACGGCACAAAUGACUCAAGCUGGAGGAAUUACCUCCAUUGGGAAACCGUUAAUGGGUGAUGUACCAAUGUCACAUCACCAUCAACAACAACAACUCCCUUUGCAAAAUCAGGGUCAAGGUGGACAAAUCGAUCAGGGUCUGGAUCAAAAAGCUGAUGCCGCUAAAGCUCCAGGUUAUCGGGGGAACACUUCAAUGGGUUCUCCCGUAAUGAGGAUGCCACAUCCGCAACAACCCACGCCUCAACAAAUGAAUCCCCACGAUCGAUUUAAUCUCGACAUGAAUAAUCAGAUGAGUUUUAAUCCCCGAUCUGCCGGACCGAACUACUCGGCUGGACCAUUUCAACCUCAAGAUAUGGGUCUGAUCAACUCCCAUCAACCUGUGAAUGGUGGGAAUCACAUGUUGUAUCAACAGCAGCAAAACAACAGUGGGGGAGCGCCUAAUCUGCCUAUCGUAGUACAACAACUACUACCACAACCCCACUCAAUUAUUCCCCACCCUACACAUCCUCCUCACGGUGUGGUCAACCACCACCCACAUCCACCACCACUAGUUCCAACCAAUGUCGUACUCUCAUCUAGGCUCAAUCCUCGUGCGGCCAGUUUCCUUGUGAAAGUCGCUCCAGGUCAGCAGCAGCAACAACAGCAACCCCUCUCGAUUAACCAACAACACCAGCAACCACCCCCACCACCCAACUCUGCCUUCGCAUCGACCCAACAACUUGGGCAGAAUGCGUUCAUGCAGCAGUAUAAUAAAGGUAUGGGUGGUGGCCACCAGCAGCUGCAGCAACAGCAAGGGUAUGGACAGCAGCAACAACAACAGCAAUCGAGACGAUUGGGGAGUAACUGGGGGGGAUAUACUAAUGGAAGUUUGGAAGACAUUCCUGGAUUCCAAAAUUUGGCUGGACCUGGAAUUAUGGACCCUGCCGCCUUAAUUGGAGGCUUGGGGGAUAACAUGCAUGACAAUCAAAACCCAAUGAAAGUGGACCGUCUGCCACGACCCAUUGGAGGAGAACGAACCUGGAAAGGAUCUAGUUCUUCAUCUGGUCAACAAGCUGUCGGCGGAGGUGUUGGAGGAGGAGGAGUGAAUUUACCAUUUGCAAUGGACGGUCUGGAUCCAGCCGCUGGCUGGUUAGGAAUGUAUGGCUCCUCAAACCAGCAACAAGGAUUCCCCACAGGUGCAAAUCAAGGUCUACCACACCCACCGCGAGUAGGAGGUGGUGAUCGCGGUGGCAUCGGAAGGAGAUAUAUGGAAGACUUGGAUGCUAAUCGAAUUCUAGAGAUGCAGCAGCAGAUGUAUGAUGGGCAGCAGCGCCAACAACAACUGAUGAAUGGCGUAAAUCAAAUCCCCCAAAUGAUGCAUAUGCAAAAUCCUCUCCCACCACAGCCACCAGGCGGCAUGUACCCCUACGGACUUGAGCAUAUGGACCAACAGCAACAACACCAGAUCCCCAAGUUGGAGCAGCAAUGGGAGUCUCAUCUUCUGAUGGACGAUAAACACGUGCAGCAAGGAUGGGGAAGCAACAGCAAGUGGGGAACAUAAAGAACCUAAAAAGCCAAAGGAACCACCUUCACCAUAAUCACAACAUCCUAUUGAUUAUUUUGAACCUGAUCGUUGUGACAAUUAGUUUGUAGAAUAUUAUUUGGUUUUUCAAUUUAUUAUCUCUGGUAAAAGGAUUAUCUCACUUUUUGAUCUUCGUAAAAAAUUAGUUUUAAGCUGAUCCAUAUCGUGGGUCUUUUUGGUAUUUCUUGUUGAUUAGACACAAAACCAAAAUAUUUUUGGUUAAUGGUUAUCGAUUGUUACUUUAAAAUAUGAAAAAUUGAAUGAAAUGUCCUAUUAAUAAUUUAUCUGCAAUUCGUUUAGUAUUCGUAUUCCUUUAUUUUACCACACACGGUCAGCCAAUCAAGAUAGUCCUUAACAAAAAUUAAAUGUAAAAUCUUUAGAAAAAGGUAGGUUGCCCAUUCUGGCUAAAACUGUGUAAGAUAUAUCAAGUAGAAAGAAGUUUAGUGAACCGAUAAAAUGAAGACCGUAACGUUUAGGAUGUAAUAAGUUUGCAAAAUUUUGAAGAAUGGCAAUAACUUGAAAGUUGAGUUCAAUGCAAACAAAAAACCGUUUUAAUUUGUAAAUUUUUCAUUGUGGUCACCGAUUUUAGGCAGAUUUUUCUCACCAACUUAAAAUGCCAACCAACCAAAAAUACGGGAAUUUAUUAAUAACUGAAUACAAAACUUUGUGCUUUGUGACCUCCAUCAUAAAGUGCAGAUUUUGUUUCUGCGAAUAUUUGUCGUGUAUCUGACGCGCUCUCAAUUGUUUGAUAACCCCCAUUAAAGAACUUUUGAUGUUAACAUGCGUCACAAUUACGGACACAAUCUUUCCCGAGCAAGUAUACUCUUUAAGAGAAAAAUACUUAAUUGAAACCUUUACCUAAAAAUAAUUCAACUACAAACACGUAUUCGUACACACGACUCUGCUGCUGCAUUUGUUAAUGUAUUUAAUGGUCGUGGUUGAUCGAAUUUGUUUUGUGCAUGUAGUUCGUAGAAAAAGUCAAAGAGACAAGAACUUUUAAGACUCUAAGAAGAAAUAAAAAUUUCAUGGCAGUAUAAAUUUAAUGAAGAAGAAGACAUGAAACAAAAUAGAAUGAAGAAGAUCUGUCGUCGCAUAGCUGAAAAUUUUGUUGUUUGUUACAUAAAAAAGAAGAGGAACAUGAUAAUGAUAAAGAUUUGCCCACAUUGUCAAUUAAUUCAUGAUGAUGAUGAUUCUAAGAUUUGCUGAUGAAAAUGCUAUUACCUUUAAAAAAAAUUACAUACCUUUAUUACCACUUCUCUCUCCUACCUUACCUCCGCCUCUGACCGGAGGCGGGGUGAGGAUGGCGAGAGAAGGAGGAAGAAGAAACCGGAAACGGGGAAACCGUUGUUACAACUGAUUACUUAGAUUUUAGUAGUAAUAUUUCUAGUUUAAUUAAUUAAUUAGCUGAACGAAUAAGUACCACGACGAGGCGGAGACGUAGAAGAAAGAGAGGCGAAAAAGAGGAACUUUAGACUAUGUUAGAGAUUUAACUAUUAUUACAACAAUUACGUAAUUAUUAAUUAGGAUAAAGUAAUUCUAUGUAAGAUGAUGAUGAUAGUAUAUAGUAUGUAUUAUUAUGGUAAUAUCUAUCUCUCUAGGAUAAGGUGUAUCCGCGAGUGUGUAAAAAAGUCAGAACAAGACAAGAAUACACACACACGACACGAAUCAAAUCAACUAUUCGACUAUGAACUGUUACUUAUCCAUUUUUUGAGGCCUGAUAAUAAAUUCAAUUCAAUGGGAAACUUUA